AUGGCGGGACGGGCCGAGACGCGAACCCCUGAGCCUCCCGACCGCGACGAACACGAAGAUUCACCUCCACGAUUGUCGAGGCCGAAACGCACCACAAGGCCACUAAAUAACUAUGCUCGAGAGCAAGAGAUCGACACCGAGCGGAGAAUCACGCGCUCCCAGCGGGGGAAGAACCUGGGCAAGCCAGUUGCCCAAGGUGAAGCGGUAACGUCGGACUCCUCGACAGAGAGCGAGGACCCGAACGCAUCUGAACUUGUACGAGAGCUCGUUAAACUCAGAAGAGAGAUCAGACUACGAGAUGAUCUGCAUAAGAGAGAACUGCAGAAAAUCAAAGAAGAAUUCAGUGCCGCCCUUGCAGAAGUUCGACUGGAGCUACAGACCCUGACAGAUGGACUCCCGACACCGCAAGCCCCCUCCGAGCCAUGCUCCCAGAACGGCCACGAUGAGAUCCUCCGCGAGAUUCAAUCCCUGCGUGAUGCAAUCAGCCCUCCCGCCCUCACAAGUUCCCCGUCCUAUGCAGAUGUCGCCCGUACUCCCCCACUCAGUCACCCGAGCAACAUACGGACUCUUUCAACGUCGAACACAACACCAACCACUGUCACCGAUACGUUAUAUUGCACAAUAGACACCUCGAGGAUGGCAGAAAAUGGAAACGAGAGGAUGUCCGCAGGCCCAAUCCGGGCGACGGUCGAGACAGAGAUCCGGACGAUGGAAGACCACAUGCACUGGCGUUGUCGCGCCGUCACCGUGGACCCGAAGAACACGAACCGGAUCAGAAUAGCGUGUCGCGAUGAAGCCGAACACCAGUUGGUCAAGAAAGUGGCGGAAGCAAAGAUCGGCGCGGGAGCCCGGGUACUUCGGGACGAGCUUUACCCGAUCAAAGUCGAUAGCGUCAACAAAGCCGCAGUCCUGGAUGAAAAUGAUGAGAUCCGAGCCGGAGCUGCGGCAGCCUUCAGCGAGGAGAACGAAGCUAGAGUGGCCAAGAUCGCAUGGCUCAGUAGAAAGGAGAGUGCGAAGGCCUAUGGGUCAAUGGUCGUUUACCUUACCAAAGGUGCUGACGCACGGAGACUCCUGGCCGACGGGUUCUUUCACGCUGGGGGAGAGUCUGGCGUGACCAGCACCUUCGAAUAUCGACCACGACCGAUGCAAUGCUACAACUGCCAGGAGAUUGGCCACAAGGCGUUCCAGUCAAUCACAGAGGUACGGCGAGACACGGGCACGGUGUUGGAGAUCAUAAUUGUGGGUGAUUUUAACCGUCAUGAUCAACUCUGGGGAGGAGACGACGUGUCUUUGGGAAGACAAGGCGAAGCGGAUCCAAUCAUCGACCUCAUGAAUGAAUUUGCCCUCAGCAGUCUACUCAAACGAGGCACAAAGACAUGGCAUGGCGCAGGGCAUAGUGGGGACUGCGAGUCCACGAUCGACCUCGUCCUAGCCUCGGAAAACCUGACAGACUCCAUGGUCAAGUGUGCCAUAGUCGGGACAGAGCACGGUUCGGAUCACUGCGCCAUUGAGACUGUAUUCGAUGCCCCAUGGUCGCCCCCAAAGUAUCAGGAACGACUCCUGCUGAAAAACGCUCCAUGGAGAGAGAUUAAUGCCAGAAUUGCGAACACCCUGGCCGCCACUCCAUUGGAGGGCACGGUGCAGCAGAAAACCGAUCGACUCAUGUCGGCUGUCUCAGAAGCGGUGCAUGCCUUGACACCGAAGGCCAAACCGUCACCACACGCAAAGCGAUGGUGGACAGACGACUUGACACAGCUCCGUCAAAUAUACACAUACUGGAGAAAUCACGCCCGCUCGGAGCGACGGGCGGGGAGAAAAGUACCCUAUCUAGAAGAGAUGGCCGGAGGCGAGGCGAAGCAAUACCACGAUGCCAUCCGGCAACAAAAGAAAAAGCACUGGAACGAAUUCCUUGCAGACAACGAUAACAUAUGGAAAGCCGCUAAAUACCUGAAAUCGGGAGACGACGGAGCGUUUGGGAAGGUCCCGCAGCUCCUGAGAGCAGACGGAACGACUACCACCGAUCACAAGGAGCAAGCAGAAGAAUUGCUGACCACGUUCUUCCCGUCUCUGCCGGAUAUCAUUGACGAUGAAGGGACGAGACCAAAAAGAGCACCAGUAGAAAUGCCAGCCGUCACGAUGGAUGAGGUAGAGAGGCAACUGUUGGCGGCGAGGUCUUGGAAAGCGCCUGGCGAAGACGGCCUGCCGGUGAUAGUCUGGAAGAUGACGUGGCCCACGGUCAAGGACAGGGUUCUUGAUCUAUUCCAAGCCUCACUGCAAGGAGGCACAUUGCCACGGCAGUGGAGACACGCGAAGAUCAUACCGCUCAAAAAGCCAAAUAAAGAAAAUUACGUCAUUGCCAAAGCAUGGAGACCAAUUUCACUCCUCGCGACGCUGGGCAAGAUACUAGAAUCAGUGGUGGCAGAAAGGAUCUCACACGCGGUGGAGACGUACGGCUUGCUCCCAACCAGCCACUUCGGAGCCCGAAAGCAGCGGUCCGCGGAGCAAGCACUCGCGCUUCUGCAAGAGCAAAUCUACACGGCGUGGCGCGGCCGACGGGUAUUGAGCUUGAUCAGCUUCGAUGUCAAAGGAGCCUACAAUGGAGCGGGACUGCCGCAGGGCUCGCCGCUGUCCCCAAUCCUGUUCCUUUUCUUCAACGCAGACCUCGUACAACGACAGAUCAACAGCCAGGGAGGAGCAAUCGCGUUUGUGGAUGAUUUUACCGCGUGGAUGACCGGACCAACGGCGCAGAGUAAUCGGGAGGGCAUUGAAGCAAUUAUCACUGAAGCACUCGACUGGGAGAAAAGGAGCGGAGCGACUUUUGAGGCAGACAAAACAGCCAUCAUACACUUCGCUCCCAAAGCUUACAAAUCGGACCAGGGGCCUUUCACCAUCAAGGGACAGACCGUUGAGCCCAAAGACCACGUCAAGAUCUUGGGCGUCCUCAUGGAUGCGAGACUCAAGUACAAGGAACAUAUCGCGAGGGCAGCGUCUAAAGGCCUAGAGGCAGCGAUGGAGCUUCGGCGACUUCGCGGCCUCUCCCCAGCAACAGCACGUCAGCUUUUCACAUCGACGGUAGCUCCGGUAGUAGACUACGCCUCUAGUAUCUAG